AAUUCGUGCGCCAAGUACCUCGAGGAGGCCGGCCAGCAGCCAGUCGUGUACGAGGCGCGCAACGUGCUCGGCGGCAAGGUCGCCGCCUGGAAGGACGCCGACGGCGACUGGUACGAGACCGGCCUGCACAUCUUCUUCGGCGCCUAUCCCAACGUCCUCAAGCUCUUCGACGAGCUCGGCAUUCAGGACCGCCUCCAGUGGAAGGACCACGCCAUGAUCUUUAAUGUUCAGCAGUCCGACGAGGAGCGCGCGCCCGGCCCGGAUGGCCUCGUCCACACACAACCCGUCUACUCUAGGUUCGACUUUCCGGACAACUUGCCCGCGCCGCUUAACGGCAUUCUCGCCAUUUUGAGGAAUAACGACCUCCUCACAUGGGAGGAGAAGAUCAGGUUUGCGAUCGGGUUGCUGCCCGCUAUUGUCCUCGGGCAGGACUAUGUGGAAAAGUGCGACGAGCUGUCGUGGACCGAGUGGCUGCGGAAGCAGGGCAUUCCGGAGCGCGUCAACGACGAGGUUUUCAUGGCCAUGUCCAAGGCUCUCAACUUCAUCGGCCCGGACGACAUCUCCACCACCGUCAUCCUGACCGCCCUCAACCGCUUCCUGCAGGAGAAGGACGGCUCCAAGAUGGCCUUCCUGGACGGCUCGCCGACUGAGCGCCUGUGCGAGCCGAUGGUGAGCCACAUCGAGGAGAAGGGGGGGCAAGUCUUUCUACGCAAGCCGCUCAAGGAGGUGCGCCUCAACCCGGACGGCUCCGUCAAGGAGCUGGUCAUCCGCGGCAUCGGCGCCGGUGUGCCGGACGAAAUCGUCCGCGCCGACGCGUACGUUAGCGCCAUGCCCGUCGACAUCCUCAAGCUCCUGCUGCCCGACCAGUGGAAGUCGCUUGACGCCUUUGCGGGGCUCAAGAACUUGGUCGGCGUCCCCGUAAUCAACCUGCAUCUAUGGUUUGACCGCAAGCUCACCGACGUCGACCACCUCCUCUUUUCAAGAAGCCCGCUGCUCUCCGUGUACGCGGACAUGUCCAACACGUGCCGCGAAUACGAAAACCCGGACCGGAGCAUGCUCGAGCUCGUGCUCGCCCCGGCGAAAGACUACAUUGGCAAGAGCGAUCAGGAUAUCGUCGACGUCACCAUGAACGAGCUGGAGAAGCUCUUUCCGCAACACAUUGGGCCCCUUGCGGCCGAACCGGCAAAGCUGCUAAAAUAUCAUGUCGUCAAGACGCCCCGCAGCGUGUACAAGACGACAAAGGGACUACAACCGUCGCGGCCGACGCAGAAGACUCCCAUUUCAAACUUUUUCUUGGCUGGCGAUUACACGUUGCAGAUGUACCUCGCGUCUAUGGAGGGGGCCGUGCUCAGUGGGAAAUUAGCGGCAAAGGAGAUUGUCGGGGCGGUGGAAACAGCUGUCAGGAAGGGCAUCGAAGCAAAGCAGGCAUUUAGGUAAAGAUCGUUAGCGGGAGAAUCCCGGUGCCACGGAGACGGGACGCCGGUUGUCGGGUGCGAAGAGGGUUGACAAGACCGCGUCGUUCCGACAAAGAAGGCGGAGAUCUAAAUGCCAGGGCGUGACAAGGAAGUGUAUUCGCAUGGGGCUGGCUUGCGUCAUUGAAAUGAAGCAUGGCUUGCAAGCCUUGUUUCUUUUGCAUAUACCUUGCAUACAGCCCCAUACGUGCACCGCUGGUGAUUUAUAGCGUAAGACUUACCGUGUACACGCGAAUUCACGCGAAAGAUAUUUAAGCGAAAUGAGAACAUCUGCAUCUUUCAGUCAAGAUGAGCGGACAACCUAUUGUAACCUUGCCCAGCCGACGUCCCCGGGAGCGGCAUCUCGUUCAUAACUCCUGAAGGGCAUUGCUAGUAGUAGUCAUGGAGGGCUUAAAACUCGAUCAGGUUGUGCGAUUGAGUCGCAAGCUUUU